AUGCCUCCCAUCACGUAUCCACCUACUACUACGCAAAUGUAUCAGCCAUACCGUGAAGAAAAUCCGUGUCAGCAGUGCCAAAACGCAUGUAUGAACGAAUGUCAAGCGGCUGGGCAGCCUCAGCAACAGUGCCAACAAAUCUGCCAGCAGAACUGCCAAUCGGCUUGUGGACAACAACCGCAGGUUUACCAACCAUACGCCGAAAGUAACCAAUGCAACGAAUGCCAAAAUCAAUGCCAUCAGCAAUGUCAGCAGCAAGGCGCUCAGAACUGCGACAUGCAGUGCAACCAACAGUGCCAGUCCGUGUGCCAGACUACGGUACGCAGCAAGUUUGCAGGGGCAACAGCAAGUUCAGUGCGCACCAGCGUGCCAACCGGCCUGCUCGACCUCAUGCGUUCAGCAGCAACCUCACUCCUUCCAGGUACAAACGCCACAGUUGUCCUGACUGAUGCACGGUGCAGUUUCCGCUUCUUCUCCCCAGUGCCAACCUCAGUGCGAGCAAAGCUGCAACGUGCAGUGCGUGCAGCAAAAUCAGGCGAGUCAGUGUGCACCGGCCUGCGCGACAUCCUGUGCUACGUCAUGCGUAAACGUCGGCUCACGUCUCGCCUGGCCAACCACAAAUGA